AUUCCAAACACUUUGAAUCAUCGUUAAUGAUCAACAUAUGAGUGUCUGCCUGCGUACAGGCUCUAUAUGCUUGUCCUCUGCAUUCAUACUACUAGUAUGCAUCUUGCCGUCAGUCCUAUAUUGUUGCAUUACCUCUAAUUCGUUCAUCUAUGUUGGUUUUCAGAUGCAGUGUCAAAUGUUGUCUCACUUUCGAUCCAUUCUCUAUACUCUGCACCACCACGUCAAGCCCCAACCAUGGCAUGUCAGAAGCCUCAUUUAGGCUGGGUCAAGCACCACU